AUGUCUGCCAGGCUGAGUGAUGCUCGGAUCAAGAUCACAGACUCUCAGCUGGAGCCCUUUGCAGAUCUUGUCAGAGGUCUCAUGGUGGACAUGCCUUGCCCAGAGGGGGUUGGAAAUGUGGCACAGCUUGAUGAUCUGGCCCAGCACUUCACUCAGAGUCUUCUGGCUGCAGCUCAGGCAGUCAGUAAGCCAGCUCAACAAGGGCGGACCACAGCCCCCUGGUGGACAGCAGACUGCCGAAGAGCGCACCGAGAGCUCACCACUCACCAGACAGAGGCCGCGAAGCACCAGUUCAAGGAUGCAGUGCGCAAGGCCAAGCGUGCAUACUGGAGGCAGGUGAUCAAUGGCGCCAGAGAUGGUAGAGACCUGUACCGGGUGGUGGCAUGGCAUAAGCUGGAACCCAACCUCAGAGCACCCCCUCUGGUGAUUGGGGAUCAGGUCAUAGAAGAGACAGCCGCCAAAGCUGAGGCACUUCAACAAGCAAUUCUGAAGCGAUACAACUCAGCUGAUGAUCUGGAGUAUGACCCACUGGAUGAUGAGCACUGGAGCGGCAUGGGGAACCUGCCCUGGAACCCCCGGAUUGAGAUGGAGGAGAUGGAGCGCAACACCAUUGGGGUGGAGGCAGCCUUCGCACAAAACAAAGAAGUGUCCAUGGUCACAAUGGAUGUGCAGGGUGCCUUUGAUGCUGUGCUGCGCAGGCGGCUGCUUCAGCGGAUGGCGCAGCAGGGGUGGCCACGCGAGCUGCUGCAGCUCAUUGACAGUUUCCUCGCUGAACGCAGAGCUCAGGUCCGGCUGGAGGGGACCACCACAGCAGCACAUCAGAUGCAAUGUGGCACGCCACAGGGGUCUCCUUUGUCACCAAUACUGUUCCUUCUGUACCUGGCAGAGCUGCUGUGGCAAAACUCGGAGUUGCGCUUUGGCUAUGCGGAUGAUCUGAACAUCUGGCGGGCGACCCACUCACUUGACAACAAUGCCACCCUUCUCAGACAGGAUAUACAGAGUAUUCUGAGGUGGGGGGAGAUAAACAAGGUGGCCUUCGCACCAGAGAAACUUGAGAUGAUCCAUCUUACAAGAAAGCGACACAAUGAGGCACCAGCAGUAGUUGUGUCUGAGGAUCUCACUGUUCACCCUGUUACUGCCCCAGCUGGACAGGAGCCAGCACUUCGCUGGCUGGGUGUACACUUCGACAGAAGGCUCACCUGGAGACCACAUGUCUCCACCCGGGCAAAGAAGGCAAGGGCCGUGGCCCAGCACAUCCGAAGUCUGGGAAAGACCAGAGACGGGCCCCCAGCAGACGCUCUGCAGAAGGCGGUCACCACCUGCGUGGUUCCCUCACUGCUCUAUGGCACAGAGGCCUGGUACGGCAGCCGCACGCAGCCAGCAAGGCACACGGGCAGGAGUGGGGAGGUUAGCUCCCGCCUGGGAUGGCAUGUGGGGACAGUUGAGAAGGUGCUUACUAUGGCAGCCAGAGGGGUCCUCCCAGUUUUCCGUACAACGCCCAUCGCUACCCUAUACCGGGAUGCUGGGCUCCCAUCAGCAAUGGUAGCUCUGGAGGAGGCCAAAAUUCGAUUCGCGACAAGGUUUCAGGUGGUGGAUGAGAAGCACCCACUUGCUUCACGGAUAGCACCUCCAAUGAUCACACGAGGAAGAGGGGCUGGAACCCGGCAGCGCUCAAAGACCAAGAUCCAGCGGUUGAGGGCGCUGCUACCUGCAGUCAAUAGACCCACACUUGCCAUCCCACACUACUCAGAGGGAUGCGGGACAGACCCCACAGAGGGUGUAGACAAAAAGAGUGCUGCUCAGGCAUUCAAGAAAUGGUGGAGAAGUCAACCCUCAACAGAUCUAUAUGUUUUCUCAGAUGGAUCAGAACGGAGCCUUGACAACAGCAGGCAGGUGGGCUAUGGCUUCAUAGUCUAUCAGGGAAAUAAACAGCUGGCCAGCUUCUCAGCUGCGCUGAGCCCUAUGUCACAUGUCUUCGACGCUGAGGCAGUUGGUGCCUGCCGGGCAUUAGAGUGCGCUGUGAAGCUCCUACCUUGUGUCACAGAGGACAGCAGCAACCCUCAGAUCUGGCUCUGCCUCGACAACACCUCAGUCAUCUGGGGCAUACGGGGCAGUGCAGCAGCCUCCUCAAACUGGGCCUACAACCGCUGCCAUGAGCUCCUCAGACAGCACAAUGUCGGCCUGAAAUGGGCUCCUGGGCAUAUGGGGAUAGAGGGCAAUGAGGAAGCAGACCGUUUGGCUAAGCGGGCAGUCUCAUCCACUGCAGCCCCAGCCUAUGGUCUCGAGGCCACACCCACAGUCAGUGGGGUCCGCACAGUGGCCAAGCAGCUCAGCCAAGAGGCAAGGCGAAAGUGGUGGAGUGGAGCCUGUGGCAAGCUCUCUGACUGGUACCGGGGCUGGAGUUUCAGCAGGCCGACUGUGGAAUACCAAGUGAAGGCCCCUCCGGAGCUCACCAUGCCACGGCAUGCCCUUCACCGCUGGCUCGCACUCCGCUCCUCUCAUGGGGACUUCUCCUGGUACCACAGGCGUUUCCAGCAUGCAGAUGCGAGGCUCACCUGUGUCUGUGGACACAACAAGAGCCCAGAACAUUUGGUGCUCUGUCGACACUCACAGAGGCACUUUCUUCACUGGCCCAAGAGGCCAGCAGCACGGCCACACAACCGGGCGACAGCUGUUGCCUAUCUAGGGUCUCUGACCCCUACAGACUUUGUAGAACUGCUGGACUGCACGCAGUUCUACACACGGUACUGCACAAGGUAA